GUUCCAAUCAUAACACAAUGAAGUCGAUCUUGUUAUCAAUUUCCUUCCUGGUGGUCAUCUGCAAUGUAAGCAGCUUGAAGCUAGGAGUCGAAGGCAAAAAUAUUGAAAAUUGCGAAAACGGCAACGUAACCAAUGCGAAGCUUCCAUUGCCAGCAAAGAACAGCGAAGGUUUCGCCCUGUACAUGCUUUGUUUACUCAAAGAGAAUGACAUCAUCUCAAGGGAUGGAAAAAUCCAGAAGGAAGUCGUUAGGGACAAAGCUGUCAACGGUAUUGGCGUAGGCUCAGAAGAUGUUGAGAAAGCAGUAGAGUGUGCAGUUCAGAAGGACGAUGAAAAAGACACUGCCAUUUCUUUCUUUAAUUGUGUAGAUCCACUGGUGAAAAAAAAUAAACCUUCUAAAACUUCAACCUCAACACCCCCUAGGGAUUAGAAGUACCUAUACCUAGACGUGUGAAAGAG